AUGUCGCAGAUCGGAGCGGGGCCCCUCGGCGGGGCGAAGCAGGGCGCGAGCGCGCGCGAGAGGGCCCCCGCGGCCGGCGAGCGCGCGCAGAUGCUGUCGAACUUCUUCGCCAUGACUAGCUUCAUGGAGGAGUGCAUGAGGCCAGAGCACAAGGACGUGGACCUCUGCCUCUACUUCGACCCGGACAUGCUGAUGUACCAGAACUCCUCGAACAUCCUCGAGCUGGCGGCCACGACCUUCGAGGAUGACCCAGAGUACGUCAUCCUGUCCCCCCCCCUCGGCUGCUUCAAGACGAAGUGGUGGCAGAAGCAGGCCUCCGGGGCGUGCCCCUCCCGCGUCUCCAUCGUCAGCAGCAGGCACGUGAUCGCUGAUCGCAAGCGUCUGAUGUCCCAGCUGCCCAUCGCGGUUCGGUCGAGCAACAUCGGCAAGAACUAUUGGGAGGUGACGAUGACCGAGUCCAUGACGCGCCAGAGCCGCGGGCAGAUCCUGUGCGGACAGGAGUUCUUCGUGGUGCACCCCCCCAGCCGCUACCAGCAGAGCCCGAAGGCGGCCAACCUCACCGGAGGCCGGGCUCCCAUGACGCUGAG